AUGGAAAAUGGAUUGACCAUCAUGCCUGAAACCAACCCAGGAUUACAAUCGGUUCGCACCUUACUCAUUGCAGGUAAUAGAAAUCUUACACACAUUGUUCCCAAAUUUUUUGUCCAUCUGCAGCAUUUGCGAGUCCUAGAUUUGAGUCAUACCAUGAUCAGAGCAUUACCAGACAAUUUCGGGAUUUUGAGACAUUUAAGGUUUCUAAAUGUAGAAGGAACAAAGAUAGAGGAGCUACCAGAAUCCAUCACCCAUCUUCACCAUUUGCAGUAUUUAAAUGUGAGUUAUUGCCAUAUGGAAAAGCUUCCUUGGGGAAUUGGUCAUCUCAAGUGUUUAACACAUUUGGACUUCUCCACAAUCGGUGAAAUAAAACUUCUGCCUAAGGGAGUUUCUCUGCUUAAAUCUCUGCAGAUUCUCAAGGUGGGAGACUAUGAUUUGUUGGGAGGCAAUGCAUUGAGGUUUGAGGAUCUAAAGGGUUUGACAAAGCUCCGAGAGCUGAAAGCCUACAUGACAGUUGCAUAUGAAGGGCAAAUAAUUGCAGAGGGUGUAUUUGGUGGUAUGCACAAGAUGCGGCGGCUCAGCUUAGCAAAUCAGAACGAGUAUCUCUUAACAGAUCUUCCUGGCGACAUGGUGAAUAUGACUGAUCUUGAAAUAAUGAAAUUAACUCACUACCUUCCCUCAGAUUUUCUAUGCAGUUUUGCAAACCUUUUGUCACUUACCCUUGUUGGUUGUGAUUGUAUUGAGUACCCAAGGCUGGAUAAAUUACCCAAUUUAAGAUAUCUGCUACUUUGUGAAAACGGACUCUGCAAAGAGUUUCCCAGUGAGUUUGGUAGGAUACAGAGUUUUCCCAAAUUGGAACAACUGUACAUUGUGCGGUUUACACAACUUGAAAAAUUACCAAAGCUACACAAAGGAGCGAUGCCAAUGCUAAAAGAGUUGCAUUUGGAAGAUUUGCAUAGAGUAAAGCAGAUGUCAGAGGGAUUGGAGCAUCUCAAUGUUUUACAGUAUUUGUUUGUACAUAGAUGCAUAAGAUUGCAAGAUCGGCUCACAGAGAGUGGUCAAGAUUUUCAAAAGCUGAGAGAAAAUCUUCCCCGACUCAAGAUUGAUUUACGUGGCUCUUAA